AUGCCUAAUCCCGUGGGCGAAUUUAUUGAAUUCCCUGUCCUUAAUGCGAAAUAUGUACGCGAGACUUUUCGGCCGGAAACCCGCGAGGAUGUGUUUCUACGUUGCGAGGGGAAGAGUGGGGAGAAGGAGAGAAUUGGGAGUGUGAGGGAUCGAGUGGAGACGGAGGAAUUAUGGGAAUGUAAAACAAUGUGGAUUGAUGGGAUGGAUGGAGUAGAUGGGAUAGAUGGAAUAGGAGGUCAAUGUCACCCGACGGCCGGCGCGGGUCUCCUUAAAGAUGCAGAACGCAUCCGAGACUCUGUCUGCGCGUAUAUAAUCCGCCGGCGGUGCCAUUGGGCAUCAGUCGACUCGAAAAGUCAAAGCGUAUAGCUAACUACAACUACAAUGAAGUUCAUCAUCGCCCUCGCCCUCCUCGCCGUGGUAGUCGCCGAGCCGCCCAGGUACCGCCAGCCGCAGAGACAGUACUACUUCGCCAGACAACAGGAGGAGACCACCACCGUAGCUGAUGCGCCCUACGCGCCGUCCAACUGGAGGCCAGCUGGACCAGCCUUCAACCUGCCCCAGAGGAGUCCGCAGGCAGCGAGACAGUACGGAGCACCAGCAGCUCCUCAGAAUCAAUAUGGAGCCCCAGCAGCUCCUCAGAAUCAGUAUGGAGCCCCAGCAGCUCCUCAGAAUCAGUAUGGAGCCCCAGCAGCUCCUCAGCAGCAGUAUGGAGCCCCAGCAGCUCCUCAGAGGCAAUAUGGGGCGCCAUCUCAGCCCCAGGGACAGUAUGGAGCACCAACCGUGCCUCAGCAGCAGUAUGGCCCCCCGCAGGAGGCCACCACCACUGAGGUGCCCAAUACCACCGAGGAGGAGGACGCUACCACUGUUGCCAGUGUCACUGAGUCUGAGUCCGAGCCCGUAAACUCCGUCAACGAGCUCGAGGACGAAGAGGUGGACGAGCAACAGCCCCAGCAGUCCGGCGAGUACUACAUCGCGCUGCCUGACGGCCGCCUGCAACGCGUGCAGUACGUCAGCCGCCAAGACGUCGAGGCGAUGAAGUACUUCGCGAAGAUCCGCGCCGAGAACGUGGAGCCUCUCCGCGGACCGAUCUACGCGUACGCGCCGCUGCAGAAGCUACAGAUAGUGCCCGCCAGUCUGCAAGUGUCCGUCGCGCCCGUCGCGCCGAUCGCGGCCGCCCCCGUCGUCGAGUCGAAACCGCAAAAACUCGAGAUCAAACCGGUCGCCGCCCAAGUGCAGUACCAAUACGACAACCCGGCCAGCGUGAUCCCGUUAGCCGCCGCCAACCCGGUCAGCUCCUCUUACACUACCUACACUACCAAUUACCAGGUGCCAGCCGGCGAGUCUAGAUACAUUCUCUCUGUACAGUAG